AUGAAGGACCACCUCUCAGCACCGUCUGGUAUUUUGUCCUCUGCGGUGUUGACAGCUUUGAACACUUCCUACUGCUCUGAAAAUGCCACCGUCUGCAACGGCACCUCCUGCCUGCUGCCCGAGAGCGACUUCAACAAAAUUUUGAGCAUAACUCUAAGUACCGUCCUGACCAUCAUGCUGGCCAUGGUGAUGUUCUCCAUGGGCUGCAACGUGGAGCUGGACAAAUUUCUAGGACACAUCCGAAGGCCGUGGGGCAUCAUGGUAGGCUUCCUCUGUCAGUUCGGAAUUAUGCCUCUCACCGGCUUUGUGCUCUCACUCGUCUUUGGUGUGCUUCCCAUACAAGCUGUGGCCGUGAUCAUCAUGGGGUGCUGUCCCGGUGGGACAGGCUCCAACAUCUUGGCCUACUGGGUGGAUGGCGACAUGGACCUCAGCAUCAGUAUGACAACAUGUUCAACCUUGCUGGCCAUGGGAAUGAUGCCACUCUGCCUCCUUGUUUAUACCAAAAUUUGGACAGACUACAACUCCAUUCUAAUCCCCUUUGACAGUAUUGGCAUUUCAUUGGUGGGCCUUGUUAUUCCAGUUUCAUUUGGGAUAUUUUUCAAGCAACGAUGGCCCACAAAAGCCAAAUUAAUACUCAAGUUUGGUUCUAUCGGUGGAGCAUUUCUUAUAGUGGGCACAGCUGUGGUUGGAGGAAUAUUGUACCAAGGCUCCUGGACAAUCAGUCCUCAGCUCUGGAUUGUUGGAACCAUCUUUCCAGCCGCUGGUUACUCACUAGGCUUCUUCCUGGCUCGUAUAGCUGGCCAGCCCUGGCACAGAUGUCGUACGGUGGCUCUGGAAACAGGGCUGCAGAAUACUCAGCUGUGCACAACGAUAGUACAGCUCUCCUUCACCCAAGAACAACUGGAACUGAUGUUUACCUUUCCACUCCUCUACAGUAUUUUCCAGCUAGGCUUCGCAGCCAUAUUUUUAGGAAUUUACCAGGUGCACAAAAAGUGUUUUGCUGAUGGAAAGAAAGACUUAACAGAGAAAGAAAAUGAACCUGAAUCAACACCAGAACCAACAUAUUCAACUAUGAAUGGAGGAUUUAAACUGGAGGAAGGAGGAAUAGAGACCCCUGUCCCAGUGAAUACUAGUGAAAAAGUAUAA